UACGCUGCUGCAGCCUGGACCAGAGAUGAAAUCAUCGAUGGUGCAAUAAGGGUGAGGAGAAAAUUGGUCAUUGUGAGAAGGGUCUGCUGGAUCUGACCCGGGCCACAACCAGACGUGCCAGUGUGAAAUCCAGUUGAAAGGGUUGCACGGCUGAAGCUGCAAUAUAAAGUAAAGAUGCUCUUCUUUCAGCAACACGCAAGUAAGAAUCAGAAACAGGUUCAUGAGAAAGUCUUGCAGAGUGGCAGUCAGGGGACUGCGCCCAGACAUGGCGGACCACAGAGACCAGAUCCGACAAGCCACACAGCGGGAGAGGAAGAUGUGGCCUCAAUCAAAGAAAACCCCAAAUCCCAUCAAUCAGUACAUCUGAGGAAAAGCUGUAGGAGGGACAAUCCUGGAGGAGCUUUGAGAUCAGACUUGUUGAAAUCAAAGGCCUGAGAGCUGAAAUCAUUUUUUUUGCAGGCUAUCGGUAUCCUUCUGAGGAAAUGAAAUGUGGUCAGUUAAUCUGCGGCUUGGAAAAGGACAACAGCCAAUGCGGCGUGUUCAUGCUGCCCCCCUGCUGGGCGGCCCAUGAGCCCGUCGAUAUGGUGGUUUGAUGUUGGAAAAUAAGAACCCCCCCCCCACACACAACAAACAGAGGGCUGGAACAGAGAGACUGGAACAGAGAAAGAGAGGGUAGAAAGGGAAGAACCAUCGACAGAUGGACUCUGUUGUGAUUAAAGAUGGCGGCAGUCUUCACUGCAGACUACGAAGGACGAUUCCCGAUCCACAGAAAAGCGGCGGGAGAAGACCGCGACCCAGCACAACAAAACCAAGAGCCGCGCAGCAAGGUGGACCAGCAGGGACAAAUGGAUGGCAAAGACCCACUGUCAUGGCGACGUCCUGCUCCGGCCGGGCCCUCUGGCGUCGAGGUGACGGGAGGGACGCCGCGAUCGCUGCGGCCCGAUGCUUUCAGUGACCGUGCAAUGGAAUCCUCGGUAAACGCAUGCAGCGCCGGAGGAUGCGUGAGGAAGACGAUCAAACUCAAGGAGUUUCUUUGCAGUGGCGUAAGCGGAGGUCCGCGUCUCGUAGUUGUGCAGUGCGGGCUCCACGGACCCGUGCCUCAUGCAUGCUGGGACUAUGAGCGCAGGCGACAGCAGGGAUUACCUCGCGGACCUGGGAGGCAGCUUCACCGAGGACGCGCCUAGGCCUCCGGUCCCGGGGGAAGAGGGUGAGCUGGUGUGCAGCGAUGGACGCCAGUACGGAAGCCCGGGCUUCCCCUCCAAGAGCGAGGCGCCCGUGGCCACGCCCCGGCGACCGGACUUGGACCUGGGGUACGAGCCGGAGGGAAGCGCCUCCCCCACGCCGCCCUACGUGAAGUGGGCCGAGUCUCUUCACUCGCUCCUGGACGACCAGGAAGGCAUCCAUCUGUUUCGGGUGUUCCUCAAGCAGGAGGCGUGCGGCGACGUGCUGGACUUCUGGUUCGCGUGCAGCGGCUUCCGCAAACUGGAAGCCAUCGAGGGCGGCAGCGAGGAGAAGAAGGUCAAACUGGCAAAAGCCAUCUAUAAGAAAUACAUCCUGGACAACAACGGGAUUGUUUCCCGACAGAUUAAACCAGCCACCAAGUCCUUCAUCAAAGACUGCGUCGCGAAGCUUCACAUCGAUCCCGCCAUGUUCGACCAGGCUCAGACUGAGAUACAGGCCACGAUGGAGGAAAACACCUACCCCUUAUUUCUCAAGUCUGACAUCUACUUGGAAUAUACCCGGGCAGGAGGCGAGAGCCCGAAGCUGCACAGCGAUCAGAGCUCUGUUUCCGGGAAUGGAAAGGGCCUGUCGAACUAUUUGCCCACUUUAAUCGAAGACGAGGAAUGGAGGUGUGAGCAGGAGCCCGAGGAGCAGCCCGACUGCGACCCCACGCCGAGCAGUCGGCUCACUCAGAAGCUGCUGAUGGAGGCGGCGCCGCUGCGCGUCGCCAGCAGCAGCAGCAGCAGCAGCAGGUUCCAGGACUGUCCCGAGUUCAGGCUUGCUCCCUGUCGGGAGCCCAUCAACCCGUACUACGUCAACGCCGGGUACGCCGUGGCCCCCGCAGCCAGCGCCAACGAUAGUGAGCAGCAGAGCAUGUCCAGCGACGCAGACACCAUUUCCCUCACAGACAGCAGUGUAGACGGGGUUCCACCCUACAGACACCGUAAACGCCAUCGCCGGGAGAUGCACGAAAGUGCCAAAGCAAAUGGGCAAGUGCCACUACCUCAUAUUCCACGCACCGACCGGAUUCCAAAGGACAUACACGUGGAGCCGCAAAGGUUCGCUGCAGAGCUGAUGGUCAGACUGGAGGCCGUCCUGAGGGAGAGGGAGGCUCAGGAGCAGCUGGAGGAGCGGCUGAAGAGAGUACGACUGGAAGAGGAAGGUGAUGAAGUCGUGUCCGGCGCUUACCCGCAGAACCACAACCCGCGCUACGCCGACAGCCCCUUCAGCGGCGCCGCCGCCAGGGACGCCCACGAGGAGAACCCCGAGAGCAUCCUGGACGACCACGUCCGGCGGGUCAUGAAGACCCCCGGCUGCCAGUCGCCGGGCGCCGGCCGCCUCUCUCCCAAGUCCCGCUCCCCGGACGGCGUCCCGGCGCCCGGCAGGCACCCGUCCCGCCACGGCCUCAAGGGAGACGCCGGCCACCCGCACCACCACAGGCACGCGCACCACGUCCACCACGGCGCCGUCGGGAAGCCCAAAGAGCAGGCGGAGGCUCAGGGCGGCUUCCCCGGCAGCGCCGAGGCGGGCUACUGCGGGUCCAAGUCCCGCAGCUACGCCGACGGGGCGGGGUCCAACCCGGCGGAGCACGCGGCGUACAGCAGCAAAGGCGGCGCGCAGUGCAAAAGGGCGCCGAAGAAAGGCGAGGAAGCGCGACCGCGUGACGCGCCGGCGCCUGUCGAGGAGAUGGAGAAGAACCAGAAGAUCCUUUUGUGGCUGAUGGAGGGACAGAAAGAGCUGGUGCAACACAAGAGGAGCCCGUACGGGAGCGCCGGCGGGUCCAAGAGGCCCAGCGGCCACGAGGCCCAGCCGUGGAGCGCCGUGCAGCCGUCCCACCCUUUCGUCCAGGAUCCCACCAUGCCCCCCAACCCGGCGCCCAGCCCCCUCAUCCAGCUGGAGGAGGUGCGCCGGCGGCUCGAGGAGGAGACGAUCACGCCGGGCGCUGUGCAGCCCAAGCAAAGGUACGUGAUGGAGGUGAUCCAGAGGGGCCGCUCGGCGCUCAGGCCGGCGCUCUUCCCUCCGCUCGGCGCCGUCUCCGACGGCGAGCUCCCCCAGGCCGAACACAGAGCCACUAAAAAGCAGCCGUGUGAAAACAUAACGGUGGCGUAUUACUUCUGCGAGGAGCUGAUUCCGUACCUGACGUCUGUCAGAGGGAGGGUCGUCACUCUGGGACAGUUCAAAGAACUGCUGACCAAGAAAGGAAGUUACAGAUAUUACUUCAAGAAGGUAAGCGACGAGUUUGACUGCGGGGUCGUGUUCGAGGAGGUGCGCGAGGACGACGCCGUCCUGCCCAUCUACGAGGAGAAGAUUAUCGGGAAGGUCGAAAAAAUCGAUUGACGUUGACGUCGAAGAGGGAGGAGCCGAGCGGCGGCGGCGGCGGCCCGGGAGGACGCGUUUCAGGGCGGGGCGGAGCGGCGGGUGCCGGGAAUCGGAAGCAGAACCGUGGAAGUGGACCUAGAGUCGGAGCGGCGGCCCCGGUGGACGACCUGUGACCUCUGAGGUGUGACGUAGCAUCGUGAUGUUCACCAGAAUAACGGAGAGCGUGUUUUUGAUACGACGCAUCAGAUUGUUUCUAAAGUAGCCACACGUGUGUUUUGAUAUGUGUGUCGGUAACAGAUGUGUACAGUUUGUUUCAAAAGAUAACAUUUUAUAUCUAUUUAAGUAUUUUCAAUCCUGUCGAAGCAAAAAAAAUUUAGGGCUGAAAUUAGUUUCUUUUAUUCAUCGUGAGAGCCCCCCCCCCCCCCCCCCCCUCACUUCCCAGUGCUUCAUUGUGUCCGUCUGCACUUUCAUAUAUGCCACCGACUGUCUAAAACGUCUGAAGCACCGAACACACGCGUGACGAACCCGUGUCUCACGAUACUCCUUUUUGUUUUCUGACACGACAGCAGAUCUAUGGACACACUGAUGGGUUGUUUAAUUGUGUUGCACUACUGCACAGUGCAGUGGCUGCUUGUUUAGUGCAUGUGUAGCUGACUGCAACGAGGGGGGGAGGGGGGGGGAGAACGUUUUUUGGACGAUGUGCUUUAGAAGUAACGUAAGUAGAUGCAAUGAUGUGAUUGGAAAGCAAAAGGUGAAUAUCUAUGCAAGUCGGUCCCCUGAUCCAAACACUGCAAAGGGCUUCUGUAUUUAUUCACUCUGAGUUGAUUUCCUGCAUGAGGCCCGGCUCUAUGAGAAGGAUGAAUCAGAGAUUAAAACACUAACUCAAUUCAUCCGGCUGACGAGUCCUGAAGGUCAAUGAGUGCUUUCACCUCUUCCCAAAUGACUGAUAACGAUUAUUAUUAACAGGCCGCUUUGCUUUUAAAUGGUAAACUUCACGUCGCUGCUUAGGUGCUCGACGGGUUCAGAAGGGGCCGAUCGCCGAUCUGUGGCCUCCUCUGCUUCAUUUCGAUGGAUCACGUCACACCAAAGAGAGAGAAGCGUAGCCCCGGGGGGGGGGGGGGGCACUGUAGACAUUCCCCCUCUGCAUCGAGACCCCCAUUUCAUUCUGUGGCAGCGCGUAUCAUUCGCUCAUCAGUUUUCAUGUCAAAUCAUUGGGACGUGCAUGCUCGCAGCUUUCUGAUGCAUCUGGACGGGGUCGCUUUCAGAGCGCUGAGUAGACUCCUCCCGCCCUCCCCAUGUGGCGUGGAGAAAACACGCCGAGGUUCAAGGCCAUCGCCCCCAUGUUCCUCUUCACUGAGAGAGAGAGAGAGAGAGAGAGAGAGAUCACGCUGCCUUUUUGCUUUUAGAGUUCUAACUUAAAUCACUUUUAGCUUUAAUAUAUUUACCGUGUUUGUGGAGUUGUAUGUUGUUGAAUACUUGAUCCAGUUCAAAACUGUAAGUAUCUUGAUUCUGAUUGUUUCUUUUGAAAUGCCUUUUAGAAUAUCAAAUCUGUUCUGAUUCUUACUGUGAAAGUUUCCUUAUUUAAGCUCAACAAUCUGUAAAUAAUAAAUAUCAGAGUGCCUUUAUUACU